AUGCGUUGUGCCAGCCAGCAGGCCCACAGUGAGAGCCGCUGGGCGGGCUCAGGCCGAGUUUCACUUCCCGCCACUGCUGCCAGCAGCAAGAACCAGCUGGAGAGCGUGCACCCUGAGUCAUUGCUGCCUGCCUGCUACUCGGCUCAGCGGCAGAUACCCACCAUGGGCUCGCAGGCCUUGCCCCCGGGUCCUGUGCAGACCCUCAUCUUCUUGGACCUGGAGGCCACUGGCCUGCCCUUCUCCCAGCCCAAGGUCACAGAGCUAUGCCUGCUGGCCAUCCACAGAUGGGCCCUGGAGAGACUUCCCACCCCUCAGGGGCCUCCUUCAACAGUGCCCCCACCACCCCGGGUGCUGGACAAGCUCUCCCUGUGCGUGGCUCCGGGGAAGGCCUGUAGCCCUGCAGCCAGUGAGAUCACAGGCCUGAGCACAGCUGUGCUGGCUGCACACGGGCGUCAAUGCUUCGAUGCCAACCUGGCCAACAUGCUCCGAGCCUUCCUGCAGCGCCAGCCACAGCCCUGGUGCCUCGUGGCACACAACGGUGACCGCUACGACUUCCCCCUGCUCCAGGCAGAGCUGGCUGUGCUGGGCCUUGCCAGUGCUCUGGACGGCGCCUUCUGUGUGGAUAGCAUUGCUGCCCUGAAGGCCCUGGAGCAAGCUGACAGCCCCUCAGAGCAUGGCCCAAGGAAGAGCUACAGCCUGGGCAGCAUCUACACGCGCCUGUACGGGCAGGCCCCACCAGACUCACACACAGCCGAGGGUGACGUCCUAGCCCUGCUCAGCAUCUGUCAGUGGAGGCCACAG